AUGGGCCAGCAAACACCAGACCAACAACAGCAACAGCAACAUCCAGAGUUGUCCAAGAGUGAAAACCCUUCCCAAGCACAGCAAGACGUCCAAGAUGACGCCAUCACCGAGUUCGAUCUCGACCGCCUGGGUCGCCAACGGCCCGCUGUCUUUUCCAGCACCUUUGAAGAGUUCAUGUUCUGCGGCUCUAUCCUUAUUUCUAUGCUCAUGAGUGAAUACUUUGUUUCUGGCUUCAAUAUCAUUUUGCCUGGUCUCGCCGAGGCGCUAGAUAUUCCCAAGGAUUCCCAAACAUGGCCGUCCAGCGUCUUCUCUCUUAUUACCGGCUCCUUUCUCCUGCCAUUCGGCCGCCUUGCCGAUAUGUAUGGAGCCUUCUUCAUCUUCACCGGUGGCCUGCUCUGGAUGUGCAUCUGGUGCUUGAUCGGUGGCUUCAGUCAGAACUAUCAGAUGCUCAUUGUCACGAGAGCUCUUGCCGGUCUGGGACCCGCGGCAUUCCUGCCUACUGGUCUGAUGCUGCUGGGUAAGACCUAUCGUCCCGGCCCGAGGAAGAAUAUCGUCUUCAGUCUCUACAGUGCAUUUGCUCCACUCGGCUUCUUCAUCGGAAUCAUCCUGGGUGGUGUCACUGGCGAGUAUCUGUCGUGGCGUUGGUGGUUCUAUAUUGGAACCAUCAUCCUGUUUGUCACUGGUCUUAUGGCUUACUUCACCAUCCCCAAUGACAGACAUCAGGCUAUUGCUGCCCGUGGUGGUGCCAAGAUGGACUACUUGGGUUUGUUCACCAUCGUCCCGGCUAUCAUCCUCAUCACCUUUGCCAUUACCACCGGUGGCUCGGCUCCCAAUGGUUGGCGCACCCCUUACAUUCCCAUAACGUUUGUUAUCGGAAUGCUCUUCCUCGGCGCUGCCAUAUAUAUCGAGGGCUGGGUUGCUAAGCAGCCUCUGCUGCCAAGAGAUCUCUUUGCCGCAAAGUACAUGAAGAGGUUCACGCUUGCUCUUUUCUUCGCCUACGGAGUGUUUGGCAUUUUCUUGUUUUAUGCCAGUUUACAUAUCGAAGCGUUUAUGGGUGCCUCCACUCUCCAAACGGCGACAUGGUUUGCUCCCAUGGCUGGCGGCGGUAUCGUCCUAGCCACGAUCGGCGGCUUCACCCUCCAUAAGCUUCCAGGUAGGGUGCUACUGAUAAUAUCCGGAUGCGGUUGUCUUGCCAGCGUCCUUCUCUUUGCUCUUAUCCCUGACCAUGGCAACUAUUGGGCCUUUGUGUUCCCCGCCAUGCUUGGAGCCACCAUUGGUGUUGAUAUUACAUAUCUUGUGUCCAACGUCUUUAUUACUACCAACGUACCUUCGCACAUGCAGGGUACUGCUGGUGCUCUCAUCAACAGUCUCCUCUUCAUCGGCAUCAGCUUUUUCCUGGGUCUCGCCGAUCUGGCCGUUGCUGAAAGUGAGGGCGUGUUUGACGGCGAGAACCACAGGGUGGCCUUUUGGUUUGCAGUGGCCUGUGCCGCUUGCUCUCUGCUUCUCUACUGCCUCGUUGAUCCUGGCAAGGCCGAAAGCGAACUUACCCUGGAGGAACGGAUGGAAGCCGGAAUUGGGCCCAAGAAGGAGCCGGCUGCAUCCGGCUUGGAGUCGGCAAACCCUGCACGGGAGUCCGAAUAA